AUGACAUUCGCCAAGGUGGCCCUGGGCGUUUUCUUGGCGACCUUUGCUAGUGGCGUGGGUGCCGAGGACCAGUCCGUACUCAGGAGCAUGCUGGCUGCGUUCGCGAAGCAGGCCGCCCAGGACUGCGAGCCCACUCCGGACGGCAGAAACCUCGGCGAUGAGGACAAGGUCGAGCUAGUCAAGAAGCACAACGAAUACCGGGCGCGGGUGGCUGGCGGCGGCCUAGUCAAUUUCCCGAAGGCGACCAACAUGAUGAAAUUGGACUGGAACAACGAACUGGCAGCCCAUGCCCAGGCCACUGCGGACAAGUGCGACCCCACUGCGCGAGGAAAGGGAACCGCUCUGGACCCAGGGUCUUUCACCGGAGUCCACCAAAUCCAGGACUCCGCCGCCGUCCCCGCAACGCAGCCGAAAGCCGCGCCGUUCAAGGGCGCCCACGUGCUCCAGACGUGGUUCGACGGGAGCGUGAAGUUGAAACCUGCGGACUUGAACAAGUACGCGGAUCAAACGGACGCGGAGGCGGAGAGAUUCGCACAGCUUAUCUGGGCUGAAACUCGCUCCAUAGGUUGCGGCUACAAGCAGUUCAAGUUAAAAUCAAGGCCAAGCGACCCAACGAAGGAAAUCCUAGUAUGCGACUAUCACCCUGGAUUGAAAACAGGAGCACCGGUGUACAAGCAAGGGGAGCCUUGCAGCGAUUGUGGCAGUGAUUUCGAAUGUGACGUCACAAAAUUAUGCGUAGAAAAAGCCAAGACCUCGACUUCCGGCCAGUCCAGAAUCGACGGGAGUCCCUCCUUGGUGUCCAUCAUAGGCAUCGGCGCAGGAGUGAUUAUCUGCGUAGCGGUCGUCAUCUGCCUCGUCGUCAUGCACACGAGAAGGCGUAGAACCGCCACGGGGGCCGCCACGGCAGCCGAGUUGGUGGCGGGCGGCUCCAACGAGUCCGCAGGCGGGGACGCCGCCGGGGCCGAAGACCACAAGACGACCGAGGCCGCGAAGAUGGCCGACAACGUCGAUCAAGGCGGUGCUGCGGCUAGCCACGAAGCGCUCGCGAAGAAGUGACGCGGCAUGACGGUCGGCGUGGCCUCGCGUGUCCGGAUACAUUUGUAGGGCACACGGCGAGCCAGCGCAGAGCUGGUCUCUGCUUGCGCGCUCUGGAGCACUCUCCCUUGGAGACAGCUCCAGAAAAAGAAAUGGGGGGGGGGGGGAAUUAUGAUAGACACGGAAAGGAAACGAUUGUUCUUAUGCGUCUCACAUGGUGCAAUUCUUUAUGCACAAUAUAAUAACCAAACUAGUCCGCACUUUUUCGUCCGCUUGCUUUAUUUCUCCCUCUCUCUCUCCUAGUGCUUUCCUCUCUCCAUCUUUCUCUCUAUCUCUCUCAUUUAGUCCUUUCCGAUUCUAUACCCCUUUUCUAUGCAGAAUAGCAGGUAGGUGGCUACACGCACGCCGGCAAAGUUCUCUCCGUUUCAUUAAGAACGUUCCAUCUCAUUUAUUGGUGCUUGUUGUAGGAAUAAGGCUCUGGCAAACACAAAUGGCGACACCGUAACGCUGUCAUAAAGUCAAGUACAGCGAGCAUGGCAAGGCUAUUGAGGAAUAUAGAUCAUUCGAGUACAUAAGUGAAUAAACAAUGCAUCAAACGUUCGUUCACGGGAUCGCUUUGACGAGACUAAAAUGAACGCAAUCCCCAUGCUCUCCAUCUGCCUCGUGAUUUAGAUGCUGCGAAACGUACGCAUUUGUGUUAACUCUAUGCUCAUCAUUUACCCGUGAAUUCACAAAAAGGAUUUCGACAUAUGCGUGCUUUGAUGUCUCGCCGGCAGUCGUUCUGUACAGAAAUGACGCUUGCCAUUAAAAAGCCAUACAGCCGA